CACCGCCGCCGCCGCCGCCGUCAUAUUUACGCGGCCGCGCCGGAUAUACUAUACCAGCAUCAGCCACACACACCGCUCUAUUCGCUUCUUGGCCCUGGCCACGGUCAAACUACCAUUGCGCCGUCACUGCCACCAACGCACCGCAUACACGCAUAUUCGCGCUCCGCCGCCGCCGCCGUCGCAAGUUAACGAUACACGUACAUUCCCGUGACAUUUCGAACCACAGUUCUUACUAUACCGGAAUUGGUGCCGUCGCAAAAUAUGAUUUGACGUACUCAGAUAAUGGGAACAGGAGACCGAUUAUUGGAUAUCCCGUGCAAAGUUUGUGGGGAUAGAAGUUCUGGCAAACAUUACGGCAUUUACAGUUGUGACGGUUGUUCCGGGUUUUUCAAAAGGAGCAUCCACCGGAACCGGGUGUACACGUGCAAGGCACAAGGCGAACUCAAAGGCAGGUGCCCCAUUGACAAGACCCACAGAAACCAGUGUAGGGCUUGUCGACUCAACAAGUGUUUUCAGUCGGCAAUGAACAAGGACGCGGUGCAACACGAACGAGGACCACGCAAACCAAAGUUGCACCAUCACCACCACCAUCACCAUCACCACCCGAUGAAGGACUCACCGCAGCCCGCCGCCAACCACCAACGACAAUCCGGCCAAAUCCAGCUGAGCGCCGACCAUAACAACUUGAUCCAAAAGACGUCUUCCUCGGCGUACCCGAAAACGCCUAUGGAUACAGCCCUGCCGCCAUUGCCGCCGGCACCGCCGUCGCAGCAACACCUCCACCAUCAUCAACAACAGCAACAGCAGCCGCCACCACCUCCUCCACAACAGCAGCCACCACCGCCGCCUACGCUUCUGCCUCCCACGCCGCCGCAAGGACACGUGUUCUUAGGGCAACAACAGCCGCCGCCGCCACCCGGGCUCUUACAGAUACUCAUGUCGGCCGAAAAAUGUCAGGAAUUGAUAUGGAGUGCAAAGAUGUCAGAAGCCUCGUCACCUAUUGGCAUACCGCAACCAACCAGUCCUCAGAGUUCACUUUCGUUGUCGUUGUCACCGACUUGGGAAGUCUUACAGGAGACCACAGCUCGAUUACUGUUCAUGGCAGUGAGAUGGGUUCGAUGCUUGGCUCCAUUUCAAACUCUUUCCAAACACGACCAGUUACUAUUGCUACAAGAAUCGUGGAAAGAAUUGUUCCUGUUACACUUGGCCCAGUGGUCCAUUCCUUGGGACUUAUCGCCACUAUUAAAUUCAGAUAAGGCUCGCGAAAGGCUACCAGCGGACGACACUAAGGUCAACAACGAGAUGAAAAUCAUACAAGAGAUAUUGGCACGUUUUCGACAAUUAUCGCCGGAUGGUAGCGAAUGCGGUUGCAUGAAAGCGGUUAUUCUAUUCACACCAGAAACACCGGGCUUGAUCGACGCGCAACCGGUGGAAAUGCUUCAAGACCAGGCGCAGUGCAUAUUAGGCGAUUACGUGCGAGGCCGGUAUUCGAGACAGCCUACCCGAUUCGGACGGUUGUUGCUCAUGUUACCCAAUCUCCGUGCAGUCCGGCAGGCGACUAUUGAGAGGCUGUUUUUCAAGGAGACCAUCGGUGACAUACCGAUACAAAGACUACUCGGUGACAUGUACCAUAUGGAAAAGUCGUACGCGUAGUGAAUCAAACUUAAUAUAAAUCUGUAUAUAUGUGUUAUGUGUAAUAUAUAAUACAGUUAAAUUUCCAUAUAACUAACAUCUAACUUCCAUUUAGCAAAAUUUUCUGUUAAACAAAAUGUUUUGAAAAAUCAAACCUAAUUAAUAUUUAAUUAAAUUUAAGGAUUUUUUUUGUUACUUGUGAGACUUUGACGACUUUGUAGUAUGGACAUUUCACUAUAUUAUAUAAUGCAUUAGUGGGUUAUAUACUAGCUUAAGUAUUUAUGUGACUUUGUUUAUCAUAUAAUAUCAUAUAGUAUAGUAUUAAUAUAUAAUAAUCCCUGCAAGUCUAUAAACAAGAUCUGUACCUAUAUUAUAAUUAUAUACCUACUAUAUAUAGAGAUACUUUGUAAAUUUGUUUUUUUUAUAUAAACUUACAUAUUUCAAUACAUUUAUUGGAAAUACAUAUAUGUAUAGCAUUGCAGUAUACAUGGCUGUGCACUGUGUAGGAACAUAUAGCUGGCGAGUGUCAAACUCACAAAUUAUGUUUGUUAUGAAUAUUUUCAAAUUUUAUAUUUUUCCGGAUUUCAAAAAUUCAUCAAUUUAAUAAUGAAAACACCGUAAUGACUUAAAUAUGAUUGUAUAUGUUAAUAAUUAAUAUAUAUAUAUGUCAUACGGAAUACCAUAAAAUAUUUCGUUUUUUACUAUAGAUACCAUGAUAUACCGAUCAUACCGACAAUCGGCAUUGUUUCAUCGAUCAAUUAUAGCCAUCAUUGUAUCAAAAUAUACUGAAAUAUAAGUAUAAUAAAUACUAAUAUCUACCAAUCAUAGAUAACACUUUAAAAUAAUUAAAUGUAAACAUAUGAUGAAAAUUGAAUACAUAUAACAAUAAUUAUUAUUAUUAUUUAUCAUUUAAAAAUCACGAGUGUGUGUGAUUUUCUCUUAAAGCACAGAUAGGUACUUAACAUUUUUUAAUUGAGUUAAAAUCGAAAGCUAUAUACACCUAAUUAUAUUAUACAUUUUUUUGUCGUCAUAUUUUUAAAAAAAUAUACUUAUUUCGGUAUAAUACAGUAUAGGUAGGUAUACUUCAGUAUUUUUGUAUCAUAUAUAUAUAUAUAGGUACGGUACCAUGGUAUUUAUCUAUAUAUUAUAUUAUAUACUUAUUAUACUUUGAUGAUUUUAUAUUAUAUGUUAUAUGGUAUUUACGGUUAAAGCUUGGAGGUGGUAUUGAGCAGUUACUGAAAAAACAUCAACCUUUUAUAAACCAAAAUUAUAUACACACAAACUAACUUAUCUAUUUGUAUUAACAAUACUUGUGAUUGAUACAGCUUUUCUGUAUGGCCCCUCUGCUAAAUAUAAGGUGGAUUUUUAUAUUUUUCACCUAAAACUAGUAAAAUUUAACUUAAAUACGUAUCUAUAUGAGAUAAAGUAUCGACUCUCAAUAUUGUUGAAGAUAAAAAAAAUGCAGAAGAAAUUGUAAAAACUUCUAUAUAAAUGUGCAAAAUAUAUAUAUAGAUACAUUUUUAAUUUUAUUAAAAUCAGUUAAAAGUUUUAAAAUGUGUAUAGGUAUAUACCAUUAAUAUUUAUAUAGUCCAUCGCGAUAUAGUCGCAUAAGGUUCUAGUCAUGAUUAUUUUGUUACCAAAUCGUUUAUAUUAUAUUAUAUUUAUUAUUAUUUAUUUAUUAUAUAUAAUUAUUACUUUAAUAUUUGAUAUGUACCUAAAUGUUUAAAAAAAUACUCUACAUUUUUGUGUAAUACUAUAUGUACUGCGUGUUUUUAAUAAGAUUAUUAACUAAACUAUUAAACUAAUAAACUUCAUAUAACCAUCCUUAUAGUUUUAUUAGCUUAUUUACAAAAUAUAUAACUGUAUGGUUUGUAUGCAUAAAUGUUUGCAUACUUGUAUGUUAAUAAUUCUUAUACAUUUUAAACGAUCAAAACUAACUUCUAUUAUAAUACAUUUUAAAUAAAUCUAUCUAGUCAUGUUCUGCAAUGGCCAAUGCGUACUAAGUAUAAACCUAUUCUGUAUUUUAUAGAAAUCGAACAAUAUAUUAUUAUAAAUUUAUAACCAUUUCAAAUUAAAUUUGAACAAUUCGUUAUUAAAAAGUAAUCUUUAUAGUUAAAUGUAAUCUAUGACUUUAUUUGAUUUCAUUUGUAUACAUAAUUUCCAAUUUCCAUCAUUACUCAAUUUGUAAUUUAUUAUUAAUAAUUCUACACAUUACUAUAUAGUCAUUAUUGUAACUAUUUAUUAAAAUACAAACAUGUAUGAAUAUAUUAUAUUAAUUUGUAUUUAUGCUCCAGUAUAUGUUGAAUUAUAUUAUUGUGUACCUACAGCUGUAAUACUUAAAUAUUAUUAUUUAAUUUUGUUUAAUGUUUAAUAUUUAAUAUUAGGUCUGCGUGUACCAGUUCUUGACUUGGAAAAUAAAUAGUAGUAGUACAGGUACUUUUAUAAAAUAUAAAAUAAUUACGUUCUCAACGGCUAUCAAGUUAGCUAAUUAAUAAUUAAUGUACAUUAUAAUUUAUAAUAAUAAAUUAAUAUGACCGGCGGGUUAUAUUUUUUCCUUC